AUGUCACUUUUUGUUUCUUUGUAUCUAUCUAUCUAUCUAUCUAUCUAUCGAAGGGGGUGCGCCCCAACACUAUCUAUCUAUCUAUCUAUCUAUCUAUCUAUCUAUCUAUCUAUCUAUCUAUCUAUUUAUGUGUUUUAUUUUCCCUUUCUUUCUUUAUUUGUUCAUUCUUCCUUUCUCUCGUUCAUUUCCAUCUUCUCCUCUUUUUUUUCAUUUCUUUCUUUCUUUCUUUCUUUCUUUCUUUCUUUCUUAACUGCUCACAUCGACCCCUUUCAUACAUUCUAUCUAUCUAUCUAUCUAUCUAUCUAUCUAUCUAUCUAUCUGUGCCUGUUCAUUAUUCUAUCUACCUGUCUAUUAGUUCCUUUAAAUCUCUAUUCUACUCAUUAUCUAUCUAUCUAUCUAUCUAUCUAUCACACUCUUCAUUUUCUUUCUUUCUAUCUAUCUCCUCUAUUCACAUCUAUCUAUCUAUCUAUCUAUCUAUCUAUCUAUCUAUCUAUCUAUCUAUCUAUCUAUCUAUCUAUCUCAUAUGGAGUUUAUCUCUUUAUCCAAUCUCAUACUGAAUCUAUCUAUCUAUCUAUCUAUCUAUCUAUCUAUCUAUCUCAGUCUGUUCAUAUCUAUCUAUCUAUCUAUCUAUCUAUCUAUCUCAGUCUGUUCAUAUCUAUCUAUCUAUCUAUCUAUCUAUCUAUCUAUCUAUCUAUCUAUCUAUCUAUCUCAAUCUGUUCAUAUCUAUCUAUCUAUCUAUCUAUCUAUCUAUCUAUCUAUCUAUCUCAGUCUGUUCAUAUCUAUCUAUCUAUCUAUCUAUCUAUCUCAGUCUGUUCAUAUCUAUCUAUCUAUCUAUCUAUCUAUCUAUCUAUCUCAGUCUGUUCAUAUCUAUCUAUCUAUCUAUCUAUCUCAGUCUGUUCGCACCUAUUUACCGCUCUAUCUCUUUAUCUCAGUCUGUUCCUUUCUAUCUAUCUAUCUAUCUAUUUCACUAUUUUCUUUCUUUCUUUCUUUCUUUCUUUCCUCCUUCCUUUUUUUCUAUUCUUCGUUCUUUCUUGCGACAAACACUUCGCUUUCCUUUCGUUGUUUCUUUGUUUCAUUCUCUUUACAUUUCUUUCAUUUUUCUUUCUUUCUCUCCUUCCUUCUUUCUGUCUUUCUUUCUGUCUUGAAACUCUUUUCCUGUCCUUUAUCUGUUACUUUCUUUCGUUUUGUGUUCUUUUUCUUUUCUUUUCUUUCUUUCUUUCUUUCUUUCUUUCUUUCUUUCUUUCUUUCUUUCCGGCUUUCACCUCCCCUCUCUUUCCUUUGUUUGUUUCUUUUUUUCUGUCCUAUCUCCUAUCUUCUGUUGUUCCUUCUUUCUUUCUUUCUUUCCUUCUUUCUUUCUUUCUUUCUUUCUUUCUUUCUUUUUUCUUCUUCUAUCAGAGAUGCUCAUGGUCUCUGCGUCUUCACCCCCUAUCCGCCUACCCCACAAUGUCAGAGAACAUUCUAUCAAUGCUAUUUGCUUUCUCCAUGUCUGUCUCUUUCAUCUUACUUCGAAGAUAA